AUGCACCCCAAAGAUAGCAAGAAAACUAUGUCACCAGUUGCAACUGGGCAGCUGGGUAUACAUCCAAUAGUAUCACAAGUGCAUGUCGACGCAUUACCAGUAACAUCAAUACUAUCACACCGAGGCAUUACCAUCAAUGUGGAUCACGAAGUGAAUGAAGAUGAAGCUAUGAUACUAGCAAUGGGGUACAAGCAAGAAUUGAAGAGGGAGUUCUCAUUAUGGACGGUAUUUUCAGUCAGUUUUUCAAUGUUGGGUCUCUUACCCUCAAUAGCAGCUACUUUCGACUACCAGCAAUUGGUCAUUGGUAUGUCGCCCGUGCCGUGGUUAGUUGCCAUGGUAUUCAUCACGACAGUGGCAUUGUCAAUGGCAGAAGUGGCGUCGGCGUUUCCCUGUUCUGCUGGAACUCCAUAUGUUGUAUCUCAGUUGGCUCCACCACGGUACAAAUCAUACUUGACGUGGUUUACAUGUUGGACUAAUUGGUUAUGUCAAAUCACUGCUGCUCCUUCAGUGUGUUAUUCUUGUGCUAGUUUGAUCUUGGCGUUGUAUUCGUUUACUGAUGGAAACUAUACUCCUUCCAACGGGCAUGUGUAUGGACUAGCCACUGGUAUUCAGGUGUUUUGCGGUUUCAUUUGUUCAUUGCCGGCUAAAUGGGCAGGACGCGUCAGUUCAGUUGGUGCAUUUUGCAACAUUAUAUUUUUGACUAUUGUGUUCAUUAUGAUUCUAGCUGGAAACAAGAGAAUGGAAUUGAAUGAGGGUGUGACUACAAAGUACAACCCCAAUGGAGUAGCUUGGUCUUUGUAUAAUCAAGCUGAAUGGCCACAAGGAAUCUCAUUUUUGAUUUCAUUCAUGGGUGUCAUUUGGGCAAUGUCAGGAUACGAUUCACCAUUCCAUUUGGCUGAAGAGUGUGCUCAUGCUGCAGUCAAUGUACCUCGUGCAAUUGUAUUGACCAGCUCCAUUGGAGGACUUGUUGGAUUUGUAUUCAUGAUUGCAAUCGCAUACACGGUUGUUAAUCUUGAUGAAAUAUCAGCAGAUCCACAAGGAUUAGGGCAGCCAUUUGUCACUUACUUGACCCAAAUUAUCGAGAAGAAAUUGGUGUUGGCUGCAACUUCAUUUACUGUUGUGUCAUCAUUUUCAAUGGCUCAAAGUUGUUUACUAGCAGCUUCAAGAGUGACGUAUGCAUAUUCAAGAGAUGGAUUGUUUCCAGGAUCAAACAUCUGGAAGCGCGUUUCACCAUUAACACAAACUCCAAUAUGGGCAGUUGUCAUCAAUGUUAUCCUAGGUCAGUUGUUGUUAUUGUUGCUUUUCGCUGGUGAUGUAGCUAUCGGUGCAACUUUCUCCGUUGGUGGUAUAUCAGGGUUCAUUUCGUUUACAAUGCCAACAUUGCUCAAAAUUACAUGCGCUAGAAAUACAUUCAAACCAGGACCAUGGAAUUUGGGUAGAUUUUCAGAGCCUGUUGGGUGGCUAUCUGUUGGGUUCAUAACUUUGAUGAUCCCCAUCUUGUGCUUCCCCACCGUCAGGGGUAAAGAUUUGAAUCCAAAGGAAAUGAAUUGGACAGUAUUGGUUUAUUUCGGAUCGAUUCUAAUUGUGUCCAUUUGGUUCCUUGUUGAUGCACACAAGUGGUACCAAGGACCCAAAAGUAAUAUUGACGAAGCUGACAUUGUAUAUGAUGAUGAUAGGGAGAGUGGCGACAAGUUUGACAAGUUUGACAAGGUGCAGAUCAUUGAUGCAUCAGAGACGAACUCGCAAGACCAUGAAAAGUGUUAG